UUAGAGCUAAUUAGUAGAGCGAGCCCUCAUCUCCCGUUACCACUUCUUGGCUUCGUUUCGGGGGAUCUUUGGCGAAGGCGAGGCCAUGAACGCCUACGCGCUCCACCUUGCGAUGGCGGCGCUCUUCGGAGCAUCCUUCGUCGCCGUCUCCGCCUACUACGUCCACCGCAAAACCCUAGCACAGCUCCUCGAGCUCGCCCGCGCCGUGGACCGGGAUCGGGACGGCGGAGCCGACGGCGACGGCGGCCUUAAGCGGGGUCCCUCGUCGCGCCGCGGCGGCCGAAGAAAGGGGCCUGGGUACUACCGCCGCGGCGCAGGCUCGUUGUCGCUGCCGGAUGUGAUGGCGGCGGCUGUUUUGGAUGGUGAGGAGGAAGAAGAGGAGGGGGAUGAUGAUGAGCCGAUUACGAGGCGACGGCCCGUUGUGAAUGAGGAUGAGGAUGUUCUCCCAAGUUUUCCGAUUCCCCCCGGGUUACCUCGUCUGCAGACGGUUCCGGAAGGUAAUAAGCAAUGUGUCCAUGCAAGUUUCAACAAAAGAGGUGGUAUCAGACCAACUUCUCCUAAGUCUCCUGUUGCUAGUGCCUUUGGGAGCCAAGAGGGAUCUGAUGAAGAUGAUAUUCUGCCAAAUGAUCCGAUCCUUGCUAAUACCUGUUUGCAUACAAAUGGGGACAUGGCAUAUUUGAUAAUGGAGACCCAGGUGGUCAAAUCUGAUUUACAUGGAAUGUAUUUGUCAAAGGGCCCAGAGAAUAAGGACUUGUUUCAAGCAUUGCCUGAUCAUAUCACUGACAAUGGGGAUCAGAAAUCAUUAUCUGCAUCUACCAUCAUUCGAUCUCACAGUGUAUCUGGUAAUCUGCAUGGUGCGCAGCAUGACCCAGUAGCAGCUGAUAUUCUUAGAAAAGAACCUGAACAAGAAACUUUUGUCAGAUUGAGGAUUACACCAAAUGAGAAACCAUCUCCUGAUGAAGUUGAGGUCUAUAAAAUUCUCCAGAAUUGUCUUGAUCUUCGGGAACGUUAUGUCUUCAGAGAGGAGAUUGCUCCAUGGGAGAAAGAAGUCAUAACUGACCCUAGUACACCAAAGCCUAACCCUAGUCCAUUCGCCUACACUCCUGAACAGAAAUCAGAUCAUGUGUUUCGAAUGGUAGAUGGAGUAGUGCAUGUUUAUGCGAGUAAAUAUUCAAUGGAUAGAAGACUUUUCCCUGUAGCUGAUGCUACAACCUUUUUUACAGACUUGCAUCAUCUUCUUCGAGUAAUUGCUGCAGGAAAUAUUAGAACCUUAUGCCAUCGUCGUCUGGUUCUUCUUGAGCAAAAAUUUAAUCUUCAUUUAAUGCUCAAUGCGGAUAGAGAAUUCCUUGCCCAGAAAAGUGCACCGCAUCGUGAUUUUUACAAUGUCAGGAAGGUCGACACUCAUGUUCAUCACUCUGCAUGCAUGAACCAGAAGCAUCUGCUCAGAUUUAUAAAGUCAAAGUUGAGGAAGGAGCCUGAUGAGGUCGUAAUUUUCAGAGAUGGGACAUAUCUGACAUUGAAAGAGGUUUUCGAGAGUUUGGACUUAACUGGGUAUGACCUAAAUGUUGAUCUUCUAGAUGUCCAUGCAGACAAGAGUACCUUCCAUCGUUUUGACAAGUUCAACCUCAAGUACAAUCCAUGUGGCCAGAGUAGGCUGAGGGAGAUCUUUUUGAAGCAGGACAAUCUCAUACAAGGUCGCUUCCUUGCCGAGCUGACAAAGGAAGUUUUUACUGAUCUUGCUGCAAGUAAAUACCAGAUGGCUGAAUAUAGGGUAUCAAUAUACGGAAGAAAACAAAGUGAGUGGGAUCAACUAGCAAGUUGGAUAGUGAAUAAUGAAUUGUACAGUGAAAAUGUUGUUUGGCUGAUUCAGCUUCCACGUUUAUAUAACAUAUACAAGGAAAUGGGCAUAGUUACAUCUUUCCAGAACAUGCUUGACAAUAUUUUCCUUCCUCUUUUUGAGGUCACAGUAGACCCAGAUUCACACCCUCAGCUGCAUGUUUUCUUGAAACAGGUUGUGGGGUUGGAUUUGGUGGAUGAUGAAAGCAAACCAGAAAGACGGCCAACAAAACACAUGCCAACACCAGAACAGUGGACUAAUGUUUUCAAUCCUGCAUUCUCGUACUAUGUGUACUACUGUCAUGCCAACCUGUACACACUCAAUAAGCUCCGUGAGUCAAAGGGCAUGACAACUAUCAAGUUUCGACCCCAUUGUGGAGAGGCUGGUGACAUUGACCACCUUGCUGCAACUUUUCUUUGUGCAAAUAAUAUUGCUCAUGGGAUCAACCUAAGAAAGUCGCCUGUUCUUCAGUAUUUGUAUUAUCUUGCUCAGAUUGGUUUGGCAAUGUCUCCUUUGAGCAACAACUCCUUAUUUCUUGAUUAUCAUCGAAACCCAUUCCCGAUAUUCUUCCUUCGAGGUCUAAAUGUUUCACUUUCAACGGAUGAUCCUCUGCAAAUCCACCUAACAAAGGAACCUUUGGUGGAGGAGUACAGCAUUGCAGCCUCAGUUUGGAAGCUAAGUUCAUGUGAUUUAUGUGAAAUUGCUAGGAAUUCAGUUUUACAGUCUGGUUUUUCACAUGCUCUCAAGUCGCAUUGGAUUGGAAAAAGCUACUAUAAGAGAGGUCCUGAAGGAAAUGAUAUCCAUAAAACAAACGUGCCUCAUAUCCGUGUUGAAUUUCGCUACAUGAUAUGGAGGGCAGAGAUGCAACUAGUGUCUUUAGGAAAGGCCAUCAUUCCUGAAGAAAUUGAUAAGUGAAUCCUUCUGGCCAGCAGCUUGAAACCUGACUAGAGAUGACCUCGCCUGGCACUACGUUCUGGCCUAAGCUAGAAAGUAUGAACUUAGUCAGCGUUACCUAUCAGCAGAAUAAUGGAUCAGGAAGAACGGAUCUGAUGCAUGAUAUCAAGGCCACCCAGGGGGGGUUAGAAAGAGCAUAUAUUCUAUUUACUUGAUGGAUAAUUGCAAUAAUGUACAUAAUUUCUCUUUUACAAGUAGCUGAACUAGUAGAGGGUGUGAUUCAUCUAUUUGUCACUAGCUAUUUUUGCUGCGCUUUUGUUUUCCUACUGAUUCAUUGUUGUAAUAAUGUCUUCUGGUCAGUCAACUCUCCGAAAUAAAGAAGCAUCUGUUGGUGAACCAAAUUUUCCAGAGUGAAUGAUAAUAUAGUCAUUGUUAUGGAGGUUCCA